AUGGAGCCUGACGAUGGUCAUAACUCAUUGAAUCAAGAUAAUGGGAUUCCAAUCGUGUUAGAUCCGAACCUGAUUAACCUUCGGUCACGGGCAGCCUCUGCCACCGUUACUACGAAUGGUACAACAGCGGACAGCAGUGAGGACAGUGGGUCGCAGCAAUCGGUGUCAAGUGCUCCAAUUCAACAGAAUUCGGAGGAACAUUCUCUGGUUAGUAAUCCAUACGAGACCUAUGGCCGUAUGCCACUACAGAAACUGAUUCCGCUGAUCCUGCAGAUGCGUAAUGCAUCAAGCUUCUCUGAGCUGACCGAAGAGGAUCUGCUGCGCGAUAUUGAACGCGAAGAGAAGGGUAUCUUGACAACUGGGCUAGAUGUAGAAGGUGAUAUUGAGAUGGGAGAUGCCGAUGAGGAGUCAGACCUCAAGCCGCAAGAAAUUACAGAUGAUGACUCCAAUGCGCGCCUGAAACCGAACAACGAUAGUGCCAUCCCGCAGGAGGAGUUCAAUCAAAUGAAAAGAGAGGUUUUGGAGCAUAUCAAUUUGGCCUUGAACGAAUCUUCUCUAUCUCUCGAAUUUAUCUCGCUUUUGCUUUCCUCGGUGCGGCCCUCUGUCGGCGUAGGGUCUAUGUCGCCAUUUCUAAAACGGUCUGUCCCUACAGCAUCUUUGAACGCAGACAAGGUGGAAUUACCACCUAAGAAUAAGACGGAAACUCUCACACUUGCAGUUAUAAACAGGGGGUGGAAGCUACGGAGCCUAGAGGACUCCAAGGCUCUGCUUAAAGAAAACUACGCGAAACUGCAAAAGUCUCUCGAGGUAGAACAUGCUCAUUGGGCCAUGAUAUCUCAGCAUAUUAGCAGCACGGACGUUGUUUUUAAGAUGCGCGACCGCCAGACUGGUAAGAGGUCCUUGGCAGUCAAAUACGGCUAUGAAGAUUCAGGCUCAUUAUACAAGCAGGACCGCGGAGUGGCGGUAUUAAGACACAAUAUGGAUCUGAACAAGCUAGAACUCGUACCGAUCUCCAACUCUAAGGAGGAGGUCCACAUUACUGCUAAUUCUGUUGAGCGGUUUAUGAGGGUCCACAUAUACACCAAGAUCGAGGAAGAAGAUGAUUAUAUCCUGAGCGGCGAAAGCAGUAUUGAUGACCAAUCGUUGCUGCAACCAUGCCACGACGAUAUCAGUAGGCAGAUAGCUCGCUUGAAGUUUUUUAUAUUUGAGCGAGAACUAAUGUAUCAGUUGAAGAAAGAAGCGGUCAGUCUCAUGCCAUAUGGCGUGAACUUUGAAAAUGAAAACAAGGUUGUCUUAGAAUCGCCUGGAGAAAGAAUUGAGUUUGAGAUGGUCCCUCUAGACGAUAGUGCUUUGCUUAGUACCCAUGAGCCACGCAGGGUUAACGAUAAACGGGCCAAUAUAAUCCUGAUUCUUCUGCGCAUGCUGCUGGUAGUAAUCCACAAGAAACAGUUGCGCCGCGGCCUCAAGCCAGCAACUUCCAAGCAUAAAUAUAGAGCUGAUGGUGACCUUCUCCUAUUAAGACCUGUUUUGGGUAGAAUAAGGCAUAGAAACUACUUACAGGUGGUUAAAAGAGUUGUUACGGAGUGCGUCUUGAACAUUGUUCCUGGUUCGUCCAUCGAGCUGCUUCCACAACGAAGCGAGCCCGAUACGCUCCAUGCUCGUGAGGCGAACAUCGCUAGCCUAAACAAACAGAUAGGCCUAUUUGACAAGAUCCUCCGCAUGCCACGCAGCGAACUGCGUACCAGCCUCGGCGCAAAAGGCGUCAUAGAUCUGACCUUGAAGAGCAGCAACUAUUGCAAUGCGAUAAUCCAGGUCAUUUACGCAGACAGCGCUGGAAAAACGGUUUUUGAUACCGUUUUUACAGAACUUAAAGAGCUUGAGGAGUUCCUGCAUUUCAUUGUUAGCGAAUACGUAUUGUAA